AAGUUAUUUUCUAAAUAAUAUUUUUUAGUUUAAAUUUUUGAAAAUUAUUUGUUAAAUUAAUUUUAAAAGAAAAUAAAACAAUGAAAAUCUGUUUAAUAUAUAUAUUGUUAAUAACUAUAAUAAUUUCAAUAAUUAUUAUACCGUCAAACUCUAAACCUUGCGGCGGUGGUGGCGGUCAUGGAGGCGGUGGACACGGAGGAGGAGGACAUGGAGGUGGCGGUGGUGGACAUGGAGGAGGUGGUGGAGGACAUGGAGGUGGUGGUGGAGGUCAUGGCAGUGGGGGUGGUUCAGAUAAUUUUGUAGCACAUAGAUCAAGUAGUGGUGGUGGUGGUAGUAGUAGUGGUUUAGUUGAUAAAGCUAAAAGUGCCAUGAGCAAAAAAGGAUAAUUUUUUUCAAUUAUUUAAAUAAAUACAAAAAAAAAAUUAAUUUAAUUUAAUUAUUUAAAAAACAAAUAAUUUGAAAAAACAGUUAAAAUUGAAUAAAAUAAAAAUAUCUUUA